GCGAUGCCGCAGGGGGCGUGAGCCUGUGGGGAUGAUCACUUCUGGACUUUUCCUGCUGGGCUGUGUCCCGGUCUGUGGUCUGAGCCAGCGGCUGAGGUGACAGGUCAGAUUUCCAUGGGAGGGGACUGGGAGCCCGGCCUGAAAGGGAUCCCCUAACCUAUCUGCUUACAGAGGGAGAAAGAAAAGAAACAGAGAAAGGAAGAAAAAAUGAGACAGAGAGAAGAAGGAAGGAUGGAAGGAAGGAAGACAGGAGUGCUGCUGGACGUACAGAAGUUUUUCCAUAUCAGUGACAGCAAUGCUGGUUUGCUGCAGACAGUCUUCAUCAGCUUCCUGCUGCUGUCCGCACCCGUGUUUGGCUACCUGGGCGACCGACACAGCCGCAAGGCCACGCUGAGCUUUGGUAUCCUGCUCUGGUCUGGAGCUGGCCUCUCCAGUUCCUUCAUCUCCCCCCGGUACUCCUGGCUCUUCUUCUUGUCCCGGGGGCUGGUGGGGACUGGCACAGCCAGCUACUCCACCAUCGCGCCCACUGUCCUGGGAGACCUCUUCGUGAGGGACCAGCGGACCCGUGUGCUGGCCAUAUUCUACAUCUUUAUCCCUGUUGGCAGUGGUCUGGGCUACGUGCUGGGGUCGGCUGUGACGGAGCUGACUGGGAACUGGCGUUGGGCCCUCCGAAUCAUGCCCUGCUUGGAAGCUGUGGCCUUGAUCCUGCUUAUCAUGCUGGUUCCAGACCCACCCCGAGGAGCUGCUGAGAAGCAGGGGGUCGCAACCAUGGGGGACCCACGGAGCAGCUGGUGUGAGGACGUCAGAUACUUGUGGAGAAACUGGAGUUUUGUGUGGUCAACGCUUGGGGUGACAGCCAUGGCCUUUGUGACUGGAGCUCUGGGCUUCUGGGCCCCCAAGUUUCUGUUCGAGGCCCGUGUGGUGCACGGGCUGCUCCUUCCCUGCUUUCGGGAGCCGUGCAACAGCCAGGACAGCCUGAUUUUCGGGGCACUGACUGUUGUCACUGGCAUUAUUGGGGUCAUCCUGGGAGCAGAGACUUCAAGGAGGUACAAGAAAGUCAACCCUCAGGCUGAGCCCCUCAUCUGUGCUGCCAGCUUGCUUGCUGCAGCCCCCUGCCUCUACCUGGCUCUCAUCCUGGCCCCGACCACCCUCCUGGCCUCCUAUGUGUUCCUGGCCCUUGGGGAGCUUCUCCUGUCCUGCAACUGGGCGGUGGUUGCCGACAUCCUGCUGUCGGUGGUGGUGCCCAGGUGCCGGGGGACAGCUGAGGCACUUCAGAUCACAGUGGGCCACAUCCUGGGAGAUGCCGGCAGCCCCUACCUCACGGGACUUAUCUCCAGUGCCCUGCGGGCGGGGCGCCCCGACACUUACCUGCAGCGCUUCCUCAGCCUUCAGCAGAGCUUCCUGUGCUGCGUCUUCGUCAUCGCCCUGGGCGGCGGCUGCUUCCUGCUGACUGCGCUGUACCUGGAAAGAGACCAGGCCCAGGUCCAGCAGUCUGGCACAGGGAUCCUUGAGAGCGAGAACCAACGCCUGAUUUCUGGCAGGGGUGCCUCCCCAGAGGACCCCUGAGGCCCUGCCUGGCAGCGAGGAGGUCCCACCUGCCCUGUCACCCGUGGGUGACCUCCACCGGAUCAGUGCCUCUGCCCACCUUUGACUGUGGCUCCAGGACCCUGGCUGAGCUGCACCUGCCGUUUCUUCGCUCCCAGCUGGAGAGCUGGCAGCGCCUGUGGCUGGGCUGGGAAUUGAGCUGUCAGCAACCCGCGCGGGAGUCCUGAACCUAUGCCUGACCCAGCACGAGGCCACUCACUCCAGCCUGGAGUCCUCAGCCUGGCUGCCAGCAGGCCCGAUUAAAGUGUGGCUGGUACAGAGCCCGUGGAUAUAGGCCUUUAGACAAUCAUGUUAUUUAUAGCCUCAAGGUGUCUCUGCUGGGAUCAGGAGCCAGAGAGGAGGAGGUGGGCAGUCUGGGCGGAGGAUGCACGGCUGCUCAGCGUGGGUUUCUAGGCACGCCCACCCUGGACCGCCCGCUCUGACCCUGCUUCCCCACUCUGCAGGGUCAGGAGGGCAUGGGACACCGCUCUCUGUGCAUUCACCCUUUGAACUCAAGGUGGGGGCUGAAUCAGUAUUCUGGAAGAUAGGUCUCUACUCGAGUGCUGGUGUUGGGGUGUGGCCACAAGAUCCAUGGAAAUCCUCUGCCUGCACAGACCCAGCUGCCUCAGACCCACGCUGGGGGGCUCGCAUGGCUACACUCCCACAGCUGGCCACAUCCUCCGGCUGGGCCCUGGCCUGUACCUGGCAUCAUCACACCAUUAUGAAGGUCAGUGCCAUGGCUCAGUCCCAACCCCACAGAGCUCCUAGGUGUGUUCUUGCCUGUUUGAUCACCUGCCAUUCUGGGCCACCCAGUGGAACUUCCCGCAUCCAGCUUUGCAGGCCUGCACUCAGCAAGCUGGAAAGAGGCAGCACAAGAACUUUCAGAAUGAAAUGUUUUCCUAA